AUGGCCGCCCGCGAGGCGGAGCUUGUGCGCGCGCGCACGCGCGAGGUGGCUGGAGAUGGAUUGCAGGUCCUGAUGGGCAUGAUGCGGAAGGGGCUGCAGGUGGAAGUCUUCAACUACAACCUGGCUUUGCGCAGCUCAAGGUGGGUCUCCGCCUGGGACCUGCUGCAAGGCAUGCGGCGGCGGCUGCAGCCCGACGCCGUGAGCUUCUGUAGCUGCCUCAAGGGCUCCAGCUGGCGUUGGGCGUGCCAGCUGCUGACCACGAUGCGAAGCAUGCAGGUCGAGGUGAACCUGGUGCUUUCCAACGCGGGCAUGGCUACACUGCCGCGGUGGCACCUCUCGCUGGCGCACCUCCUCCAAAUGCCCCGCUCACCGGACCUCAUCUCGCACACGCUGGCCAUCCGGUCGCUGGCGAAGGGCAGAAAGUGGACGCAGGCAGUGCUGCAGCUAGGGGAGAUGCGGGCGAGCAGAGUGGAGAUGGACACUUUGAGCCUGAACCUGCUGCUGCAGAGCGGCGGAAGCCGCUGGCGCUUGGGAUUGAACUUGCUGGAGAACCUGCGGGUGGUUCCGACGGUGGUGACUUACAACAUGCUUUUGGCGUUUUGCUCUUGGCAGCUGGGCCUCCUAGUGCUGAAGGACAUGGCGUUGCAACUGGACACCAUCAGCUACAACUCGGUAAUGCGAUCUUGCGCGGAGGGCGGGCGCUGGGACAUCGCCCUUCAGCUGUUGCGUGAGGCGUCUGUGCUGAAGGUGGCGGACGUUGUGAGCCACUCAACGGCCAUUGAUGCGCUGGCUCGAAGCGCUCAGUGGCAACGAGCCCUUGAGGCCCUUCUGGUUAUGCGGGCUGAGCACGGGGUGCGGCCCAACGCAUUCUCCUUUACGGGAGCGUUGAAGGCCUGCGGCGCCGCCAGUCGUUGGCAGCUCACGCUAGAGGUGCGGGAGCUGAUGGCGGCGCAGAGCGUGGCAGGGGACGCGCUGUUUGGCAACCUGGCGGCCGGGUUUGCUCGGCUCGGGCGCUGGCAACACGGGUUGCGGGUGAUGAGCUCCUUCGGCGCGGAGAUGGCGCUGAAAGCCUUGGAAGAAGGCCUGCGCUGGCAGCAGGGGCUCCAAGUGCUCGGCAUCCUGCGCCAGGUUGGGCUCCAGCAGGACAUGGCCACUUUGACCUCCGCCUGCCGCGCAUGUGGCAAAGGCGCCCAAUCCGCCUGGCAACGCGCGCUGGGCUGGUUUUCGCGGCGAGGGCCGAGGGGGUGGGAUCUGGCAGCGUGCAACGCUCUCAUCAGUACCGCCGCGGAGGCCGGCGCCUGGUCCUUCGCCCUGGGCUGCUUGCGCCGCCUGCGGCGCCGCGCCUUGCGCCCGCAGGAGGUGACCUGCAGCGCUGCGAUCACCGCGUGCGAGAAGGGCCGCACCUGGCGCUUCGCCUGCGGCUUGUUGGAGGAAAUGGAUGGGAUGGAGGGGGCGGAGACGGACGGAGUUGGAACGGCAAGAGAUGCAUCACAGCUGGAUGGAGGCAGUGGAUCUGGAGAAAUGGGACCUGGAGAAAUCGGCAACUCAGACGGAUUUCCUGGAAACAUGGGUGGAACCGACGGGUUUCCUGGCAAAAUGGCCGGGGCGGACGGAUUUCCGAGACCACUGGAUGGCAGCUCCGGCUUUGGACGCUGCGUUGUGGCCUGCGACGCGGCCAUCAGCGCCUGCGAGAAGUGCGGGCAGUGGCGAGGCGCGCUGGCGGUUUUGGCCUCCAUGGGCAGAACCCCCAACGAGAUCACCUUCAACGCCGUCUUCACCAGUCGCAUCGGAUUCCGAAUCGCCCAGGCCAUUGGCGCCUGUGAGAAGGGCCAAUUGGUCAUGGCGUCCUUGGCGCAGGCGGCCAUGGAGAAGCUGCCGAGGUUCGAGAGGCAGUCCAUCUCCAAUUUUGUUUGGUCCUGUGCCAAGCUGCAGCACAAAGACGAGAAGCUGUUGGACGUCACAGCGACGGUGGCAGUGGAGGGCAUCAGCAAGUUCGACGCGCAGGCGUUGUCCAACACUCUUUGGGCCUUUGCCAACUUGGAGGCUUGGAGCAAGGCCUUGCAGCAGGCGGUCUGCAGGGAGGCCAUGGCCAUCCAAGCGGAGCUGACCACGCAGGAGGUGGCCAACCUGUCCUGGGCCUUGGCCAAGUUGUGGUGCCACGACUUUGCCUUUCUGCAGGCUCUCGCCGCGCAGGCAAUGGACCAUGCCGCCGAGUUGAAUAAGCAGGAGCUGUCAGUGAUGGCUUGGAGUUUCGCCACGUUGAACUUGCGGCACCUGCCGUUGCUGAGCGUCAUCGGGGAGCAGGCGGCCCAGCGCAUGUCUGAACUCGGAGAGCUGGAGAUUUCCAACACGGCCUGGGCGUUUGCUCGGAUUGCCGUGCGGGGCGAGAGGUUAAUGCAGGCAAUUUCCGAUUCCGGCAGAAGUGCUCCAGUCGCUGGCAUCGGAACUGUGGACAACAUUGAGGGUUUGAGCCCCAAUGGGAUUUACUCUAUCGUUUGGUCCUCUUGGAGGACGGGGCGCGCUCAUUUGAUGGCGCGGCUGGCACGACAGCAGGAAAGGCCGGAUGCAGAUCCCGAGCCCUUGGUUCGCGGGCUCCUCCUCAUGGAGAGCGCGUGGCAAAAGGACCAGGUGCGGGAGAGCAGAGUGAUGAGCAGGCUUCUAGGGCACGGAGGGAAGGAUCCCGGGCCCAUGUCCGAGCGCUUCGGACACGAGAAAAUGACGUGCGGAAGUGUCCAGCUGGCGCUCGCAGAGAUUGCUCACAAGACCAUGGCAGAGCCAAGGGGCCAGAAGCGGGGCCUGUGCACGCUGGUCCAGCAGCCGGCGCCCAACUUCAAGCUGGAAGCUUGCAUGCCGGAUGACUCCUUCCAGGAGGUCGAGCUCAGCAGUUUCCGCGGCAAGAAAUAUGUGGUGCUCUACACCUACCCGGCGGACUUCACCUUCGUCUGCGCCAGCGAACUCGUGACCUUCUCGCAGAUGCAGAAGGAGUUCGAGGCACGAGACGUGCAGGUGCUGGGCCUGUCGGUGGACACGCAGCACGUGCACAAGGCUUGGAAGAACACUCCCAAGGAGAAGGGCGGCAUCGGCCCGAUCACUCACCCGCUGUUGGCAGACGUGAAGAAGGAGGUGGUUGAUGCCUAUGGGUGUCUCUUGGACAAUGGCCUGGCGCUGCGGGCGGUGUACAUCAUCGACAAGGAAGGGGUGGUCAGAUCGGAGAUGAAGAAUGACUUGCCCCUUGGGCGGAAUGUGGAGGAGGUGAUGCGGGUCCUGGACGCGCUGCAGUUCCACGAGAAGAGCGUAAAGGAGGGCAGCCCCAUGGUCUGCCCCUGCAAUUGGAAGAAGGGCGCCAAGGCCAUGAAGCCAACCACCGAGGGCGUGGCGGAAUACUUCAAGAGCUGA